AGAAAACGUCAGCAUUAUAAGACAUGUCAGUUAUAUACAAAACAUAAUUUACUUACCAGAUAAACUAUAAUGUUAUAAAGGUACAACAAACGCAUUUUCAAUUGCAACUACCCCUCGUGCUCAACAGUACUCGCCUUUCCAAAUGACGUCACGGGCAUCUGGCGGGAGUCGUUCAAACAUUUUACACGCGCUGGCAUGCAGUGUUGACUAGAGAUUUUGUGUUGUUUUUAUAGUUCAUUUUAUUCGCAGAAAUGAUCGGACAGAAAAGCAUCACGUCCUUCUUCUCGCCAACAUCCAAAAAAAGGAAUCUUGAAGAGUUGGAUACAUUCAACGAGGAUGGGAAAAAGCAGAAGAAGGAGAGCAGCGAUGUUAUAUCAUCACCAUCACCGAGUCCAGAGCAACUGGAGCGGAUCGCCAAAAACAAAGCGGCGGCUCUGGUGCGGCUCAACUCCCACCAGCAUGUUCCUGACGGGAUCGGAGAGAGCUGGAAAAAAGCCCUGAACAGGGAAUUUGGGAAGGAAUAUUUCAAAUCAUUAAUGUCUUUCGUUGGUGAGGAGAGAAAAAAGCACACCAUCUAUCCGCCUCCUCAUGAAGUUUUCACCUGGACACAAAUGUGUGAUAUAAAAGAUGUAAAGGUUGUGAUACUGGGCCAGGAUCCUUAUCAUGGACCUAACCAGGCUCACGGGCUGUGUUUCAGCGUUCAGAGACCUGUGCCACCCCCGCCAAGCUUGAUGAACAUGUUCAAAGAACUGGCAUCAGACAUAGAAGGCUUUGAGCACCCCGGCCAUGGAAAUCUAACGGGAUGGGCAAAGCAAGGCGUCCUGUUGCUGAAUGCCGUGCUAACCGUGCGCGCACACCAGGCUAACUCUCACAAAGACAAGGGAUGGGAGAUGUUCACAGACGCUGUGGUCCAGUGGCUCAAUGCUAACUCGCAGGGUCUUGUUUUCCUUCUCUGGGGCUCAUAUGCACAGAAGAAGGGUGCUGUCAUCAACAAGAAGCGACACCAUGUCCUGCAGGCAGUCCACCCCUCGCCGCUGUCCGCCCACCGCGGCUUCUUCGGAUGCAAACACUUCUCGAAGACAAACGAACUGUUGACAAAGUCAGGGAAGGAGCCCGUAGACUGGAAAGCACUGUGAUGUUUUCCACUCCGAGUCUGAUGGAAUGUCGCUGGCCAAAUUUGGAGGACAAACUUCUUUGUUUUUGUUCUGUCGUGAUACACUAUCUAUUUGAGUUACCCAGCUGUAAAGGUUUAUAGUAUACACUAUUUGCUUCUCAUUUAACACUGAACUUUACCAUGCACUUUCUGUUUAUGGCUCAACUGUUUAGUUUAGUUGACAUAAGGAUUGUUUUAUCCAGAAAGCUUUGUGAUCACUGUUUGUGAUACGUUCCUCCUGGUACGAUUUUAAAAUGUGUCAGUAUCACUGUAAAGCUGUUUGUUAUGCAAAACAAUAAACUAUUUUUUCUACUGAA